AUGACCAUGGUGUUUUCCUUCGGCUGGAACUCGGGUCCCGACACAGAUGGUAGAUCUUCAGGCUCAAGCUGGUCUUCCAGUUCGUCUUCUUCGAACAAGUCCCACCUAUCUCAUUAUCAGGCGGCUGUAAAAAGAGUCAUGGCUGAAUUGUCCGAUGAUGAGUUGGAGAAGGCGAAAGACACGGCCGAAGAAUGGUCCAGCAACUUUCCUCCUCCCGAGAUACAAGCACAAGUGGCUCAUAAGAAGGGACUGGUGUAUAUGGAGCACUUUUCGAAGGAGAUGUGGAGGCAAUGCGGGAUGAGAGUGUUUGUGAUGUCGGCAUGGAAGAAUGAACAGGGAGAGGUGCUGUUCGGGAUGCACGAUGAUAACGAGGCAUUAGGAGAUGGGGAAAGUUUCAUGAAGACGAAGGACUGGAGGACAUCGAGCCAGUUUGGCAGGAGUAUGCGCAGGAACAAUUCGGUGCUGGGGCACGAGAUGGUGGGCGACAGGUGA